GUUUAUCUAGUGUCCGAGUAGCUGUAGCUACUCGAAUUGUCAAAAGAGAGCGACGAACUCAUUCUUUGCGCUGAUUUCUCCCCCGGUGUAUGCCCAGUGGGGCAGUUAUCCACUGAAGACUGUGGGUGAAGGAUAACUCUUCACUUGAUGCGAAAUGGCGAAACGCAAGGAGAUCUACAAAUAUGAGGCACCGUGGACGGUGUACUCGAUGAAUUGGAGUGUUCGGCAGGAUAAAAGAUUCAGAUUAGCCAUCGGUAGUUUCGUCGAGGAAUACAACAAUAAGGUUCAAAUCGUGACACUAGAUGAGGAGAUUUCCGAAUUCAAAGCCUUAUCCACCAUCGAUCAUCCGUACCCCACCACGAAAUUGAUGUGGAUACCCGAUUCGAAAGGAACGUUUCCCGAUCUCUUAGCGACUAGCGGGGACUACCUCCGAGUUUGGAAAGUUGUUUCCAAUUCAGAGACUCGCCUCGAGUGCCUUCUUAAUAAUAAUAAAAAUAGCGACUUCUGUGCCCCCUUGACGUCGUUCGAUUGGAACGAGGUUGAUCCCAACCUUCUCGGAACUUCCUCGAUCGACACCACUUGCACGAUAUGGGGCCUCGAGACGGGUCAAGUUAUAGGUCGUGUUGCCGGACACGUCCGUACUCAACUCAUUGCGCACGAUAAAGAAGUGUACGACAUCGCGUUCAGUCGAGCUGGCGGUGGUCGAGACAUGUUCGCGUCCGUUGGAGCCGAUAGCAGUGUGCGGAUGUUCGACUUGAGGCAUCUGGAGCAUUCCACGAUAAUAUAUGAGGACAACCAGCAUCACCCGUUAUUACGGCUUGCCUGGAACAAACAGGACCCAAAUUAUUUGGCCACAUUCGCAAUGGACGCUUGCGAUGUGAUCAUUCUCGACGUUCGCGUCCCUUGCACCCCUGUCGCGCGCCUGAACAAUCAUCGGGCUUGUGUGAACGGUGUCGCUUGGGCUCCGCAUUCUUCGUGCCACAUCUGCACUGCCGCGGAUGAUCGCCAGGCCCUGAUCUGGGACAUCCAGCAGAUGCCGCGUGCUAUCGAAGACCCCAUUCUAGCGUACUCGGCAGACGGCGAAAUCAAUCAAAUCCAAUGGGCUUCCUCCCAACCCGAUUGGAUCGCCAUCUGCUACAACUCUUGCCUCGAAAUACUUCGAGUAUAG